AUGCGCGAUAUAAUUAGUUAACGAAAGCAGUUAGGUUAAGGGAUCGAGGAAUAAUUCACGUCUUAAAGUAAAAAAAAAUAUAUAAAACUGCGUGCACGGUUUAUUUCGUCUAAUAGACGAUAAACAAGACGACCACGUGGUGUAUCGGCGAACGUAUGCUUACGAGGUUUACGAGUAGCUGCAAGCAUUUAAUAUCCACGCGUAAAAUGUCAAAACAACGAUCCGCGAAAAGUGAGAUGGCACGGAAGGCAACGACCACCGAUAAUCAAUCUACGGGACCUGUAGCCUAUAAUAAAGAAGGAAACAUAGCGAUUAAAAUUCAAGCUAAACCCGGCGCGAAAUGUAACAAUAUAACCGAUAUUUCCAACGAAGCUGUAGGCGUUGCAAUAUCUGCACCACCAACGGAAGGAGAGGCAAAUGCCGAACUGGUCAAGUACUUAGCUUCGAUUUUUGGACUGAGAAAAUCUGACGUGUCUUUAGACCGAGGAUCUCGAAGUCGGCAAAAGGUUGUUACAGUAACAGGAAUUACGGUGGAUCAAGUUUUAGAGAAGCUGAGGGUUGAAAUGCAGAAUUGAGUGUUUUCUUUUUUUAUAAUAUAAAACAUGAGUUUCUCUUUCAUUCUCUAUCAGUUUUUCCCUUGCAGUUUUUCCCAAUUUAUACACGUGCGAUACUUUCGUAUCGACACGUUUUAACUUCUCCUUACCGUCGCGUCAUUUAUUAUUAUAUGUGCAUUUCUGCUAUGGACGUCUUGGUUAUUUUACAUAUAAUAUUAUUAUACAAUUUAUACAUAUUUAUCCAUUAAGAUAAUUGACGGGAUGAAUCGACGCCGUCGCGCGAUUCGUCGUAGAAAUUUAUUGUACAUCGAGUGUUCUUAGCACCUAAAAAUAUAAUUGCACCGGUUUUGA